UACUCCGAACCUAAUCCCAGAUGCAACAUCCAGCCUUUCAGCGAAAUCCACAUCUCUACGGACCGUUGUGAUAUGAAGUAGAUAUCACGCGCAUAAGAGCGAGGGGAGGAGGGACAGGCUGGACCGCAGCUGCUCCGCUUUCGCAAAGUUCUCCAUGCAGAAGGGAGGGCGCGGAGGCCGGUUGAGUGAGAGGGACGUUUUCCUAGAGGCUGCCAGUGUUUGGGGCAACACAGCGCAGAGAGAGAGAGAGAGAGAGAGAGAGAGAGAGAGAAGCCCCUCUCCAGCUCUCCUCUCCGUCACUUUCGAGCUCUUUUCAGACCGAAGAGGAGCAUAAUGGCGAAAAUGAGGGUGUCAUACGAGUACUCGGAGGCGGAGGAUAAGAGUAUCCGACUAGGACUGUUCCUCAUCGUCUGUGGCAUUCUGUCCCUCUUUAUCCUCGGGUUCUGCUGGCUCAGUCCAACUCUACAGAGCAUGCAGAGCAAACCGGCCAACUGCACGGUGGUGUCCGUGCUCAGACCGGAGGAGAUGUUCGAGUGCGUGUUCACGUGCGGGGCGGACUGCAAGGGGACCUCGCUGUAUCCGUGUCUGCAGAUAUUCGUCAAUAAUUCCGAGUCGAACUCCGUGGCUCUGCUGCACUUUGAUGAACAGCAACUGGUGCUGAACCCAAAGGUAAAUGACGACAACUCUAGAACGAGAACACUGUGAAGGAGCGCUCUACACUUUAUAGUCGACACAGUGUUGCAGUUACUGAAUGCAAAGCUGUGAACGAUCGAUACAGUAGCAAGGCAAAGUGUCUGGCUGGAAAAGUUCCCAGUCUCAGUUUAUUGACAUGAGAUCGAUAUUAUGUUAAUAGUUGCCUGUUUUUUAAAACUAUGUUAAUGUAAACACGCUGUUUGUAUACUAAAGACGAAAUAACAUUCUUGCUAUUGUCUAUUCCAAAGAUAUGGCAAAAUAAUCACAGACUUAAAUAAUGAGUUUAACUUUCGUAAAAGUCACUUUACAGCAAGUGUGAGAGGAUCUACACCUGUCCAAGUCUAUUCUAGAGACAUAGCCUCAUCAUCACUCACAAAGAGAACCUCUACUGUGAUGAAGAGGAACAGAGAAGACUAAAUGACUCCCUUUGGGACAGAAAGCCCAAACGUCUGUGUGAGUGAAGGUCUCUUUUCUUUUCAGCUGGUCCAUUAAACUCUCUAGUCCCAUUGUGUGUGAUAUUACUUUUCAGACGUGCACCUCUCAGACUACAAAUCGGGAAUGUCUUGGUCCUUUUGAGAAUUUCUUCAAAUUCUCUGUGGUCAUCAUCAUCAUCAUCAGUUAUUUCUAGCUGACUUGAGAAGGGUUGAAAUCCAACCUUCUCAUCUUGUGUUCUUCUGUAGAUAGUGUGUUUAUACCUUUGAGGGGGUACU